CCAGGAGGCUGGAAAUUGAGCCCCUUACCUUGGGAUCAUCUUGCGAAGAAGUCCUGACUAGAGCCUGGUGGCUACAGAAUCUAUAAACCAUGAGAGAACCUCCUCUGUUGUUUCUUUUCACCGAAUCAUCAAGUCCAAGGAGCCACCAAAGUUUGGCCAGGUCUGACUAGACCUAUCUUGACCUUCAACCAUGUUACGCCUCACAACAACCAUCCUCACCGCCUUGACCAUCUUCACCAUCCCGGCCUUUGCUGGUGGCGGCGAGGGUGGGCAUGGCGGCUACACCAAACCAGAAGACAACGUCUACGAUUAUGUGAUCGUUGGUUCUGGACCUGGAGGUGGUCCUCUGGCAACCAACCUCGCCAAGGCCGGCCACUCUGUGCUCUUGGUCGAAGCCGGCGAUGACCAAAGCAACAACCCAACGUCCGAGAUUGGGGCGCUAUUCUUUUUGCCCUACCAGGAUGCCUCUAUGCGAUGGGACUUCUUUGUACGCAACUACGCAAAUGAGAGUCGCCUACUGCAGCACAACCAUCGCGUGUACCGCAAAACCGAUGGCACCUUUUAUGUCGGCACGAGCCCCCCUGCGGGAGCGACUCUUUUGGGUAUUCAUUACCCCCGCGGUGGAACUCUUGGGGGAAGUUCUGCUGUCAACGCCAUGUCAUCCGUCUUGCCCAGUGAUAGCGAUUGGCAAAUUAUAGCCGAUCUGACCGGUGAUACAAGUUGGAACCCUAUCGCCAUGCGAUCCAUCUUUGCUCGUAUAGAGAACAACCACUAUCUACCAUCUGGCACUCCGGGUCAUGGCUUCAACGGUUAUUUUGACACAAGCAUGAGCGAUGAAUCUGUUUGGGUGGGGCAAGACGACAUGACCACGGUGAUGGCUGAGGCUGCCGACGACCUCGGUCAAGAUCCUCUGAAUAUUGUCGACCACCUGACAGCCGACGUCAACGCCCUUGACCCGGCCCGCGACAAGAGUGUGGGUGUAUUUGGUUCUGCCGUCCACUCGGACGAGAAUGCUCGUCGUUUCUCCUCCAGGGAUCUUGUUCUGGAGACCGCCAGUGCCCUCACCGCUGCCGGCAAGAAGAAGUAUCCGCUCUGGAUUCAGCUCAACACUCUGGCGACCAAGGUGACCUUCAAGGAUAUCAAUCACCCCCACCGCAAGCCCAAGGCAACAGGUAUUGAGUACCUCCAAGGACAGUCCGUCUAUCGAGCAGAUCCCAGGAACACAGCUUCCAACAACGGGACAUGGGGCCGCGCUUUUGCCCGCAAGGAAAUCAUUGUGUCUGGUGGCACUUUCAACUCACCCCAGCUCUUGAAGCUCUCGGGCAUUGGUCCAGCAGAAGAGUUGGCUUCCUUUGGUAUCCCUCUGGUGAAGAACCUCCCAGGCGUGGGCACCAACCUGCAAGACAAUUACGAGGUUCCCAUCGUCGGCCACGCGGCCAGAAAUUUCACCACUCCGCCCCCCGACCCGGCCGACCCUGCUUGCUGGUUUGGAGCACCCGGGGACCCUUGUGUCACGCUCUGGCAAAGCCAGCAGGGACCAUACAUGAAGGGGGCCACUCUCAACGCGGUCUUUAGGAAAAGCAUUUCGCCGGCUUACAACGAGCGUGACAUUUUUCUCGUCGGCGGGCUCUUCGCACUCAGAGGCUUUUGGCCACCCACUGAUAGCAUUGUGCCCGACCCGCCAAACAUGUUUGGCUUCUCGACCGUCAAGAUCGGACCCCAGUCGCGCGGCGGCAAAGUCCUCCUCACCAGCGCCGACCCCAGAGAUGUGCCGAGCAUCAACUUUCACUUGUUCGAAGAAGGUGACGCUGGCACGGCCAUGGAUCUGGCCGCUGAGUUGGACACUGUCAAGUUUGUGAGGAGAUUAUUUGCCUCUGUGCCAGCUCCUCUCGGGCCAAUUUCUCCUGUUGAGCCGCCAUGCUCCGGCGGGAUGUCGGCCGACGGCACAUGCGAUGACGCCGCCGACAUUGAGUGGCUCAAGAACCAGAUUUUCGGACACCACCCGACAAGCACAUGUGCUAUCGGAGCUGACUCUGACCCCAACGCAGUGUUGGAUAGCAAGUUCAGAGUGAGGGGUGUUCGCGGCUUGAGGGUGGUCGAUGCCAGUGCUUUCCCCAGAGUACCAGGCCCGUUCCCGGUGCUGCCCACAUUCAUGCUCAGCGAGAAGGCUUCUGAGAGUGUGUUGGCUGAUUCUCAUACUUGGUGA